UCUAAGCUGCCAUAACCUGGUGAAAUGAGGUUCAGUUUGGUUCCCAAUAUUCUCGCGUUCAGCACGGAGCAGGUUUCUCUCUCCUGAACACUGUUGUUACACAUCUUAGCCGGAUUCUUAAUAUUAAAAAUGAUGAAAGCAAGAAAAAACAAUUACUCUAAUGCUUUUGAGGAUGAAUCAAGUCAAUCUACCUCAGACGACGAUGAGUUAAUGGACUCGGAGAGUGAGAUAAACACAGCUCUGAGGGACGACUCUCUGAAAGGAAGAAAAACCGCUGUGUUUGAGAAGCUGACGCAUAUUCCCAGUAAACCUAUCCAACCUCAAAGCCAAAUAUCAGUGACUAAGCAUGACAUCAGUACUGGUAAUAUAAGCUCCUCGGUUGAAUCGAAACGGAAACGACAAGGAGCUACAGCGAGAGAGCGAAAUCUUCGGCGUCUGGAAAGUAAUGAAAGGGAGCGACUGCGAAUGCAUGGCCUGAAUGCUGCGUUUGAGGAGUUAAGAACUGUGAUUCCUCACAUCCAAGUGGAAAGAAAGCUGUCGAAGAUCGAGACAUUAACGUUAGCCAAAAAUUAUAUAAUGGCUCUUACAAACGUGAUUUGCGACAUGAGAGGGGACAAAAAGCCUUAUAGAUUCAUCACCGCAGAGAUGGAUGAUAGCGAUUGUGAAGUAGGACAGAUUAGUGAAGAACAAGAAAAUGCAACGGAGGACUAUGAGAAGCAAGAUUCCAGCAAUGAUUCUGAUUCCGCUAGAAUUUCCACUGCCUAAAAUUGUCGAGUUCGAUCAACACGAGAAGAAUCAAGUGAAAAAGAUAUGUAAUUAUAUUUGAAUGUAUCUCAAUGAAUGAAUGGAAUAACGAAUAUGAUUUUUUAAAAUUGAA